UUAUUUUAUACUGACUUCCUUAAAAUGGCGACCUCCAUGGAAUCGUUCGAUAUUUGGCUGACAGAAAAAUUAACGUCUCUCAGCCCUGAUUUUGACACUGAUGUAUUUGUGUCGUAUAUUGUAAGCAUACUAGACACGGAGACACCCACAGAGGAGACAGCUGAAAAUAUAAAAGAGAUUCUUGCUCAAGUUUUGGAUGAGUCUCAAUGCAAAGGAGCCUGCCAGGAAAUAAUCGAUCAAUGGAUAAAAGAGAAGGGUGCAAAGGACAUGCGAAAGAAAAAUGAGAAAGAUAUAGGAGAAAAGCUUGCAGAGCUCAUGGGAAAACAGAGCCUGGCAACAGUUAAAGGGAAGAAACUAACAGAUGAAGAAAGAGCCCGCAAAGAGGCUAUUUUAGCACAAUACAGUCAAGUGUCAGAUGGAGAAGCAACCGAUGAAGAGCCUGACGACCCAGGAGGAGCGUCAAGCCAAACCAGCAGCGGAGGUCACAAGGGUAAAGGUGAACCAGGUGAUCCUUUGCUUACUCGGAAUCUCAACUCAGCACUUGUGAUGCAGGCGGAGCGGGACCAGCGGGAGAAGUCGAAACAGGAGCACGAGAAGAAGAAAGAGAAGGACCGACAGGACCGCGAUGCCCAGCGUCAGAAGCAGCAGGAGCGCAAGGAGGCGGAAAAGAAGAGGACACAGAAAGGGGAGCGCCGCAGAUAGCGUCAGCACCCGUUCCUAGCUCUCUUUUGUACACCUGGACAGCAGAUGUGAUGACGGCGACAGUGACCGCGAUAGCGACGAGGACUGUUGUGACGAUGGUGACGAUGAUAGUGACAACUAACAUACUUUUAUCCAGUUUCGCUGUAAAAGACUUUUUACAAAAUGUGUAAUGGUUUCGGACCCCUUUUUAAAAUUUUUAAAGCACUUUGCAACCUCUGGCUUAAAUGGUUCAGAACAGCAUCAACUCAGAAUAUUUCAGCGCGCUUUGAUUGGUUUGUUUUUCUUUCCCUAUGAUAAAACAAACGAAGCUCGCCUGCAAAGUGGAGUGCAUGCCAGCUGAGACCUAUUUAGUACGCAUGACAAAGAUGGUCUCAUAGAAACUAGUUCGAGGGCUCCUGGGGAUUUGGGCGUUUCGGUGUAGAAAGCGAUUUGUCUGUCAUCGCUGAUAAUGGGAAGAAUUUUUAAAAUCUUAAAAAUCGUUUGUUUUUGAAAGAUGCCUAACUAGGUUGUUAUGUAACUGAUCGCUGCCUACUCCCUGAUCUUUGAGUGUUGAGUUUUGGUUAUACUGUGUUAACGGUCGCAGUAUUGUGUAUGCGCUUAUUAUGGGUGUUCUGCAAUGAAGAUUUUGACUUUGGUAUUGAUGAAAUAAAAUCGGAUGUACAUUUAAAA